CAAACUAACGCAAAGCGUGAACAAUGUGGCCUACGCCUGAUUUGUCAGAUUUGAGAGAGCGUUUCUCGCGGGUCUUGUGCGUACGUACAGCAAAAAUAUCGAAAGUCAAAAAUGAAACGUAGCUAACACCAUACAUUAAUAUUGCUUUGUUUUGUGCCUUAUUGUUCAUGUGUGAUUUCGUUGUAUGGUUUCUUAUUUACACGUGCGCUAACAUCGUUUAACAGUAUAUGUAAUUCUACCGUGGCGAAAAGUGCGAGGACUGUGAUAUUUGUCUUAAUUUACUUGAUUGCAAGGAUUAAAAGUUCAAAACUUUUAAAUAAAAAAAAUUUUGUUCAUAAAAAUGUCGCUAGUGCCUAAAAUAGGCCCUUCAAUAUUAAAUGCUGACCUUUCUGAUUUGGCUAGUGAAUCUCAGCGUCUACUGGAUAAUGGUGCGGAUUAUUUGCAUUUAGAUGUUAUGGAUGGUCAUUUUGUGCCUAAUCUUACAUUCGGGCAUUCUUUGGUGAAGUGUUUGCGUCGCAAAAUUAAAGAUACUGCAUUUGAAACGCAUAUGAUGGUUACUAAUCCACAGCAAUGGAUCCAACAUAUGGCUGACGCUGGUGUUAACAUAUACACGUUUCACGUAGAACCCGUGCAAAGUGAUAUACCAGAAAUAUGUCGACAAAUUCAAGAAGCUGGUAUGCAAGUGGGUUUGGCAGUAAAACCAGGCACAGGAGUUGAAGCUGUUCAACAGUAUAUCGACCUAGCCGAUGUCGUACUGGUUAUGACAGUAGAACCUGGAUUUGGUGGCCAAGCUUUCAUGAGAGACAUGAUGCGUAAAGUGCGGUGGUUAAGAGAACAUUACCCAAAUUUGAAUAUUGAGGUAGAUGGAGGUGUUGGACCCGGAACUAUUGAAUACUGUGCGAAGGCUGGGGCUAAUAUGAUAGUUUCCGGCACAGCUCUGAUAGAAGCCAAUAAUCAAAAAGAAGUUAUUAAUUUAUUAAGAUCUACAGUACAAACUUAUACUACGCCUAACACCAAUUUAUAAUAAAAUUUUAAAAUUACACCACGUUUACAUAUAUUUAAAUAUGACGCAGGAAUCUUUAGAAUCUUUUGCUAAAAGUAGUUGGUUUUUCAAUUCAUACUCUUCGAAAUUUUAAUUUUAAAAGUGGAAGAUCAUCCCAAGGGAUAAAUUGCUGUUUUUGUCAUCUACGCACAUUGAUACACUUCUGUCUCUAAUAUUGAUUCAAAUAUGGUUUCCUCGGUCCAUUUCAACACCGAUUCACUGAUUUCUUAUGUUUGUACUCAUUAUUAUUAUAUUCUUACAUUUAUUACAUUAUUGUUUUUUGUGGAUCGUUGGAUUCGAUUCAAAUUCGCGAUGAUUUACCUGACUAUAGCGGUUAAACGUCGUAAAAUAUAAAUCUAUAAUUCAGAGAUUUAACAACAGGGCCGUAAUUAGGCUAAGUAAAAAAGGGUAACAAAAAUUUUAGGAGGAAAGAAAGAAGAAGGAUUCAAUGUGGUGAAAUUUAUAAUUAAGCAAUGUAUUUGUAUUAAUGAAACAAGUUAAUUUCUUUGAAAGAGAGAGAGUCAUUGUAGACUUCGAAAGGACUAUUUAAAUCUUUACGUAUUUUAAAAAAGUUAAAUGACUUUCUUAUAUUUUCAAAUGCUCGGCAGUUAAAAUCUUCGGCCGCUUCUUUUAUGUGGCACCUUCUACAUUUGGCAUUCAGCGGAGAUCCAACCAUUUCCGAAUAGAACUUACAUCCACUUAUGCGCCUGUUUAGCAUUUGAAUCUCACACGAAGUGGCGAUGGCCAGUAGUCCGAGGCGAAGUUUGGAUUAGUUUUCACAUCACAUCCCAUUUUCACAUCCAUUAUUUUAGAAUUGGGAAAUUAUAUUUAUAAAAAUACAAUUUGCUUCUUUAGGAGUAUAUAGUAUAGAAAAAAAAUGUGCAUUAAUUUCA